CCCUUGUUUACCAGAAAGUGAAGAAAAUAGAAACCCAUUGAGGAAAAAUCAAAGUCCAAUAAAGCCAUCAAAUUAUACCCAAAAAAUCAAUUCAAUGGCAGAACAAGAACCCACAAUUCAAUUACCAAAACAACAAGAAAAUAAAUCAAUAAUCUCUUCUAUAUUCCUCAUCAAAAUCAUGAGCAAAAGAAGAACAUGGGUCUUCCUCUUCAUAUCUGUUUACGCAAUUUUGCUAUCGAUUUCUUGGAAUUUCCUCAAAUCAGUACUUUCUUGGUACGAAUCAACUAUUUCAGCUAAUUCUUCAAACCCCACAAUCUCAGUUUCUUCUGGGUGGCCUGCUUUAUAUGCAUCUGUGUUAUUAGGUGUAGCUUUUGGGGUUCUUUCAAUGGUGGCAGCUUUAGCUGUAGCUCUACCAGCUACUUUAGUCACUUGGAUUACAAUUUUGGUUUUGUUAACUUUUGCUGGAAAACCCAGAAGGGAUUUGGUGUUAGAAGGCAAGAAAUUGACUCUUGAUAUUACUGGAUUUGUUAUUAAGAUUUUGAUUAAAGAAGGGAAUGUUGCUGCUGCUUUUUGUGCUGUUCUUGCUUAUUUUGUUCUGCUCAUUACAAGGAAUAAACAAGAACAAAUUGGUGUUGAUGAUCAUUGACUCAAUUUUGGGCAAUUUGGAAUUUGUAGCUUUCAUGCACUUGGACAAAAUUCACAUCUUCCACCAACAAGAUAUCUCUCACGAAGAAUCACAUAAUCUUUGGGAAAUUAGGAAAUUGUAAUUGUAAUUUCUUUCUAAAUUAGUUUGUGUACAAUUAGAUUGUCUUUUUUUUUGGGGGGGGGGGGGGCGGGGG